AUGGCAAAGGUAUGCCCUGGUGGAGCUCCUCAAGCCUACUUGAGCUCAAAGAGAGAAGUCACAUAUACCAUUUGGAUGAAAUCACUUGUAUGCAAUACAAAUGGUUGCACCGUCUAUGAUUCCUAUGGUGAGAUUGUUUAUCGAGUUGAUAAUUAUGACAAAAAGCGCAGUAAUGAAGUUCUUCUCAUGAAUCUCCAAGGAAAGCUUCUUUAUACAAUUCGUAAAAAGAAAUUGCAAUAUAUGAGAUUUUCUUGAAUAGUGGACAUUGAUGGAGGAAUUGUUGCAGAGGCAAGGAAGAAACUAUCAUCGUCUGGGAUAGUUCUGGGGGAAGAUGUAUUAUCUUUGGAGAUGAAGAAUCAUAUGGACCACUCCCUUAUAAUGGCUAUUGUAACUGCCAUAUAUGGAUUAAUUUGUCGCAAAAUGUGUUAG